AUGACCACCCAGUACCUCUCCACAACCGAAGGCACCAUCCCUUUCACUUACCCCUCGCUUCCCCCGACCAAGCUCUGCUCCACCUGGUACCGCAUCGUCGGCGACCUCAAAUCCGGCAUCCGGCCCCUCGUAACCCUCCAUGGCGGCCCCGGCGCAAGCCACGCCUACCUCAAGCCGCUCUUCGACGCCCUCUCCACCAACACGGGGCGGCCAAUCGUCUACUACGACCAGAUAGGCACAGGCAAAAGCACGCAUUUCCGGGAAAAGCGGCUGGAUACCUCUUUCUGGACCAUCCCGCUCUUCAUGGCCGAGCUGGAUAACCUCGUCUCGCAUCUCGGGAUAGCGGGGGACUUUGACUUGUACGGACACAGCUGGGGGGCUAUGCUUGCGCUUCCGUAUGCAGUAUGGUCGGAGCGCAAAGCGGUCGGGUUGAAUAAGUUGAUCCUUGCGAGCGGGCCGGCGACCAUGGCGUUGUUUGAGAAGGCAGGACGGGAAUUAUUGGGUAGAUUGCCGGAGGAGGUGCAGAGGACGAUUGAGAAAUAUGAGAAGUCGAAAGAUUACGAGAAUGAGGAAUACAAGGAGGCAAUUGGAGUAUAUUACAAGGCGUACCUGUGCCAGCUUGAGGAGUGGCCGAAGGAGUUGGACGAGGCGAUGGCGUGGCUUGAGAGAGAUGAUACAGUUUAUUUUACUAUGAAUGGGCCGAGCGAGUUGACGGUUGUGGGGAGUUUGAAAACAUACAACACCAUUGAGGAGGCCAAGCGCGUCAAGGUGCCUACCCUGCUCAUCAAUGGUGAAAACGACGAGGUGCAGGAUGAGUGUGUCGAACCGUGGUUUCGGUCCAUUCCCAAGGUGAAAUGGGUUCGGUUGGAUCGUGGCACGCACAUGGUUCACUUGGAGCAGCCUGAGAAAUACGCUGCUCUUGUGUCCGGAUUUCUCGACGACGCGUAA